AUGGAGCAGAGUCUUGCCCAUCACAGAGAUAUCAAUAUGCCUCAGAGGUUAGAUGCGGUCACAAUCACAGAGUUUACAGAGUCAGAAGAGGUCCAAUCUCUAAUACAGAGAAUACGUCACCUAACAUCUGAAAUUUCUGGGAAGCCACAUCUACAUGAGCACCUUGCAAAAGAGCGAUCGCAGCUUUAUACAAGGAAGGCAAAGCUACUAGCUGCUCGGAAGAGCGAGUUUAUUCAGGAGUGGUGGAACUCCUCUUAUGAGGAAUAUGUCUCUGGAAAUGAAUUCACAGAGCGUGACAGAACGUCAUUGUUUGAGAUCUACAAAAAGUAUCUUCCAGAGCGCACCAGAAGACAGCAAUGGAUAGAGAGAUUGACAGAGCAUGCCUUGAAGAUAUGGUUAUCCUUUGUAUCUCUACUGAGCGGGUUGCAUAUUAUCCAGGGCUUUUUCCGAAAGAGAAACAAUGUCCAACCUGCACUCGUUCUAUGUUGA